GCAGGACACGGCACCUACGUUGAGAUUAUGGAUGAAAAAGCUGUGCUGGAUGUGACAACGUCCACAGAUCGCUGUGUCGUGCACUUCUUCCACAAGGACUUUGCACGCUGCAGCAUCAUGCAUCGGCAUCUCGAGCAACUUGCCAGAAAACACAUCGAGACACGCUUCCUGAAGGUGGAUGUGGAGCAAGUCCCCUUUUUGGUGACACGCCUCGAGAUUCGCGUCUUGCCGUGUGUGAUUCCAUUUGUCAAGGGAAUUGGCAAGACGCGCAUCUUGGGCUUUGAGGGACUCGGUGGGGAUGCGUUCCGGACGGGGACGCUGGAGCUGGUGCUGCAGCGUGCAGGUGUGCUUCAGGGACUGCGCGGGGAUGCGGCAUUGGAGGAGGGCAAGCGGUCAAUCAUGGGUUAUGCAGAGCGGGAGGAGGAGUAUGACAGUGAC